GUCCCGCCCGGCGCCUCCGCCUCAGCCUCAACCUUCGCCUCAGCCUCCGCCGCGCCCCCGGCAGCCGGCAGCGCCAUGAACCUGGGAGAUGGACUGAAGCUUGAAACUGAAGUGUUGGAUGGAAAGCCCAGGCUAAUUUUAGCUGCUUCUGAUGUGUCAAAGUCUGCAAUGAAGAUGGGUAUUAAAGCCAGAGCACCUAAACAGGCAUUGAGAAUAAGACAUUCUGGGCAUAUUCUGAGGUCAGCACAAAAUGCUUGUAUCAAGCAGGAAAACUUAAAACCAAGGAGUGAAUCAAGCUUAUCAAUGACAAAAUGUGAAAAACUGCAAGUUAUUAAACACUCCUCACAUGAAGCCACAACUAAAGAUCACUCUUUGAUUAUCAAAAGAGAUGGCACAAGCAGAUAUCCUGAUUCAGAGAAUCCUAAUGUUUUUAAAAUAAGGACACAGAAACCUCAGAGCACAUGUGUAUCAGCUGAAGACCUGAGAAGUUUGGCGUGUUUAACACAAGAACAGCUUCAACAAAUUUUGAUGGCUGUAAAAGGAACUAGAAGCAUCUCUGAGACUCAUCAUGAGAAGCAAGAGGAAACGGUUACUAAUGAGGCAUCAGAGGACAACACAGUGCUGCUCCAAAAACCUUGUGCAGUUUCAUGUGUUACAGAUGAACCUAACUCUGAUUCAAGCAGGAAACAAGAAGCAUAUCUGCAGCCAGGACAGCAAGUCACAAAGGAUUCAUGGAAACCUGCUGACAUGUUUAGUACCUUGGGUGAAAGAGAAGGGGAGAAAGCCUUGUUAGAAUUUAGAAGGACCCAGUGGAAGAAGGAAUUAGAUGAACAGGUAGCACUGAAAAAGAAGCUGAAAGAAACUUUGGAGGGAGAGGUGGAUUAUUUCUGGUCAAAACCUGGCAAUAGUAAAGCCCAUAAAGACAAAGUGGAAAGAGCUAACCUGGAUAAGAGAAUGCUUCCAGCUGAUCCAGUUAUUACCAGUGAGGAGAGCUGUGACUGUGCAACAGAGUCUAAUAAAGUUUUACUGAAUAUUUCAAAUGUUCCAGCUGGGCAGACUUCUGAUUUCAGUUCUUCUGACUUAACAACUUCCAGUUGUGCAGCAUUUGUUUUAGGGGAAACUGUGCCACAGGAACAUAGUGCUUUGAAGCAUGAGCAACAAAAGAAGUGGCUUGAAGAGCUGGACAGACAGAAGGAAGAAGCUAAGCUACGAAAACUAGAAGAAAAACUUGAAUUAUCAAAGGCUGAAGAGCAUGACAGAUGGGCAAUGCAUUUUGAUUCUUUAAAGAACCACCCUAAUGCUAAUGCACAACACCCCUUAAAUGGAAUGUACAAAAAGCAGCCUGAAAGUCUUUGCCUGUCACCUGACCCUAAGGAGCUGACUGCUUUUAUUCACCCUUUCUCACCUGCAGUGAUAGGCAGCCACAUGCCCUCAAAGGUGGGAAAUGCAGAAAAAGCUGCUAAAAACAGUGCUUUGGAACACAGUCAGAAAGUCAGUUUCCUCCGUUCAAUGACAGCUCUCCUGGACCCUGCACAGAUUGAAGAGAGAGACAGGCGGCGCCAGAAGCAGUUAGAACAUCAGAAAGCAAUAAUGGCUCAGGUAGAAGAAAAACGGAAGAAGAAACAACUGGAGGAAGAGCAGAGAAAAUGGGAAGAACAAGAAGAAGAACAGCGCCUUGCACGAGAGAAAGAGCAAAUGCAGAAACAGUUUGAAGAGGAUAUGAUGAAACAAAAGCAAAAGGAGGAACUCCUGACUCUUAAAACGAAUGAGCUUUAUCAGACGAUGCAGAAAGCUCAAGAAUUAGCACAGAGAUUUAAACAAGAACAGCGCAUUCAAGACUUGGUUCAGAAGGGCCAUGACAUUUCACAACUUCAGAAGAAUCUUAUCAGUGGUGAUACAGAAGUUGAAAAUGGUAGUACUGACAUUUCACAUCAAAGUCAUCAUUUUUCUGAUGACAUUAAGAGGCACAUUGGUCAGCAGACUUUUCCUCGGAAGGACACUGCUGUGCAGACAGAUUAUGUUAAUACUUCAGUAUACACUGAGUCAGCUGAGGGAAGAACUGUGUAUUGCGGAUCACCUGAUAUUUCCAUAGAAUAUAAAGAACCAUCUAACAGCAAAACAUACCAGAAAGAAAUGCAAUGUAUUCAUAAAAAUAGAUCCUCGGGAAAAGAGACUGGUGGCAUUUAUAGUGAUGUAUAUGAACAGUAUGCACGAAGAGAAAAACAAAUUAAACCUUCAGAAAAGUACAGCAAAAGACCUGACUGGAACAUAAACAAGCCUGGGAAAAGAUACAUUCCAGCAUCAGAAAGAUACCCUAAACAGCUACAGAAACAAAGAGAAGAAAACAAAUUAAGAAGACAAAUGGAGCUGCUUCAGCUGGUGGAAAGAAAUACACCUGGGAAUCUCUGCUCAAAAAAGGGUGGUUAUUCAGACAGGUCUCCUUCACCUCAUGAAGAAAUAAAUAUGAAGAACAAGGGAUACAGAGUCAGUAAGGAUGAAAAAUCACGUAAGAAUUAUUUGGAUGAAGAAAGAUCUGAAUCACCACCUGUUCCAGCGGUUAGGAACAGAUUACACCAAGUACAACAAAAGCAGAUACAUACUUCUGAUUUCCUGGUGCAUAACAGCAAUGGCAGAAGAGAAAAAAAUACCAAGACAGAUGCACAGCAGAGGGGCUCCCCUGCUCCCGUUACAGAAGCUGAGAGACCUCCCUCUUCACACUUCAUUCCCUAUGUUAGAACACAUGAAGUGUAUUACCUCGAUCCCGAUGCCCCCGUCACGAGACCUUCAACACACGACCCCCAGUAUCAGCAGUUUCAUGAUGCUUAUCAAACGCCACGACAGAUUUUCAGCUCUGAUCAUGUUAGAGAUCCUCUUCUAAAUCCUGAUGUAGUUAAAAUCAGAGAGAGACAACAAGCAAUUCUCAAAGGAUUGUCAGAAUUACGCCAGGGCCUGCUACAGAAACAAAAGGAGUUGGAGACUGCUCUGAUUCCUUCAAUAGCUCAAGAAGAGAACUUUCUUUCACCAUUCUGAGGUACAAUAAAUGUUCUGAAUUCUUAAACUGUAAAGGCACAGCACUUUGCUACUCUAACGACUUAAGAAAAUUCUUUUUUAUGACAUUUAAAUUAUGUGAAAUUUGAUUACAGGGUCAUGUUGCUUCUCACAUUGAAGACAUACUAAACUAAUGAUGUUGUCUGUUGAGAAUGGUUUUAAUGCUACCUGAAUUUAAUAUAAAGCACCAAAACACUGUAUAAAACUCUUAGAUGGG